AUGAUGAGGAAUUAUCUUGGGAUGUUGAUGACGAUGGGGAGGAUAAUGGAUGGGAACAAAAAGGGUAAUGUAAAAGAAGAACAUAAAGAUGAAUCAAGAAAUGAAGAUAAUAAUGAUAAGAAUUUGAGCUACAUUGAGAAAAAAGAGGAUCCUAGCAAUGAGUUGCAAAAUAAGGAGGAAGAAGAUCAUUCAAUUGUGGAUAAUGUUGACAAGAACAAUGCAUUUGACAUGAGCAAGAAGAGUAGGGACAAAUUGUCCAAUGAGAAUGCAAAGUCUCAAGAAAUAAUUGAAGUGAAAGUUGAUGAGAAAGUGAAGUCAAAGGAGAAGGUUGAUGAGGAGGCAAAGGGUGAAAAGAGUGAUGCUGAGGAGGAUUUGGAGUGGGAUGAGAUCGAAGAUAUUGAGAGACAUGAUGAAAAGAAAAUUAGUACCACUCAUGGUGGGAGCCUGAACAAAGCUGAGUUGAGGAAUCGGUUGAGCAUUGCAGAAGAAGAUGAAGAUUUGAGUUGGGAUAUUGAGGAUGAUGAUGAUGAACCUGUGAAGGCUUAA